GACAUUCAUAUUAUAUAUAUACAUAAUAUAUAUAUUAGAUAGUUUAGAGCAUUUCAGGCUUUUGGGCUGGUUUCUGUCACUCAAGGAAAAGCCUCUGUCAAGAAAUGAAUGUAUCACAAUUUAUCCCCCAAAGGAGAACUCUAUCACCACCUAAGCCGCCUGGAACCCAUACAAACGAUGAAGUUAGGGAGGCUUUACACACACGUGCAUUGUAUCGUACUGCUAUUGUUACCCUUAUCGUCGCUUUGUUAACAAUCGCACUCAUCGCGAUCACUAAUACCACCCAGGAGAUUCAAGAUACGGCAUCUUAUUCUCCCAAACUUCUAAUAGUUACCUUCGAUGGCUUGGAACCUGAAAAACUCGAGUACUGUAUGGGGAGCACCUUAAUCUCUUUCACGCAGCUGCUCAAGGCGAAUGGGGGUAUUUACGGACGGCUGAAGGCCAACUACACAACCUCGGGCUCGCUGCUCGUGAAGCUUCUCACGGGAUCGCCCUCCACGACGAAUCGAACGCUUGAAGGCGCAGAAUCUUUUCUACGGAGGCUCAAAAAGGCAAAUUAUCGUGCGUUGAUCGCGGCGCCUGCGCGGUAUUGGUCGUCGAAUCAGGUGGAGAGCCCGAGCACGUGCACGCGGGUGGGGCUUUUUGACUCCGAGUGCACGGGGAUGAUGUGCCCAGGUCUUGAUAAGGUCGCUUACUGCAACGCCUAUCAAAAAUACCUCACCUGCGAUGGCAGGAGCACGAUCCAUGCUAAUGAAACCAUGGAGGCCUUUCGUGUGGCGCUGGAAAAAUCCGCCGAUGUGGUUUACGUCCAGAUCCCGCGGUUUGCGCAGACGUCGUCGGCGGAGGCGGCGACGGUGGAGGGCCUGCUGGAGCUCUGCGGGGACCUGGAUUUGCUCGACGCGACAUUAGGCAUGCUGGUGCUUUCCAUAAGUGAACGCACGAAAUCAAGGGAUGAAAAUUGGCUGGUGAUCUUCACUGGUGAUGGCGACAAUGCUGAACAUGAGGCUCCUUUGAUGAUGGUAGCUUACUCGAAGGGGCAAAUUAUCCAGUUGAACGACUUUAGAAACGAUUAUUACACAACGGAUUUAUACCAAACAAUCAUCACUUGGUUUGGACUUAAUAGUACAGCCAAUCUGACUAAUGUUAUAGGAAUUUGCACAAAUGGUAUCAAAGCCAACAACUGCAAAAAAUAA